AUGGCAUUGUUUGUUGAACACCUUUGCGGAUCUAUGAAAAUUUGCCAUCUUCUUACUAGCAUAUCCGGUAGUCUCAGCGGUGGCUGUGAUGGUGGUCGGAUAAAUGUGGUUGUAAUGAGCGAGGAGAAGCUGAGAGUGGAAUUGGAGAUUUUAGUUUUAGUGACAAAUUUGGUGGUUUUGAUGGUGUGUUUCGGGAACCUCGAUCUGGUGGCAUUAGAUGUGGUAGCGACGAAGUUGUUGUUGCUGGGAGCAGCGGCGAACUUACCAACAGUUGAUCAUGUAUCAAUGUUAGUGGUGGGAGAUUUGAAGUCGAUGAAACUAAACUCAAAUCUAGUUGGAUUUGGAAAAAGGAUUUCGACUGCAUCUGAAACAUCUUUUUCACCUUUCUGUUCUUCAACAACAACUUGUUAUGGAAAAAAGUUUUCUAUGGAUUUCAUAGAUUUCAGAUCUGGCUCUUUCAAGAAUGACGAUUUAGAUUCUUUCGAAAUGGAUGAUAACCAAAAUUUUUAUUAUCUUCUUGUUUGGAGGAUGUAUAUUCAGAUUCUGGCAAUGCACGUCGUUGGUUUUUUUUUCUUGAAUUUUGUUUUAAUUGAUAAUUAUGAGAGAAGAUCUUUGAAUGAAAGAGUUUUAGCAAGGUACGAGUCACGUAGGGAUGUUUUGGAAUCAAUUACUAGUACGAGUGAUUCUCGUUGCAUAUGGGAAUUGAGAAUGUGUAGAAACACAUUUGCACAUCUUUGUGAGGUUUUAAGGGUACGAGGAGGAUUAGUGCAACUUGGACAAGUAAGUGUUGAAGAACAAGUUGCAAUUUUUUUAAAUAUACUCGCACAUCACACAAAAAAUAGAAGUAUUCAAGUUAGAUUGUCUAGAUCAGGACAAACAAUUAGCAGAUAUUGUCAUAGAGUACUGGCCGCAGUUUUGAGAUUACGAAAUGAUUUACUUGCCAAACCAGAACCUAUACCUCAGGAUUGCUCUGAUGAAAGAUGGAAAUGGUUUAAGGGUUGCUUAGGAGCUUUAGAUGGGACUUACAUAACAGUGACACCGAGUGUUUCAGACAGACCUAGAUAUCGUACGAGAAAAGGUGGACUUAGAUGUUUUGGCCUUUUGAAAAAACGAUGGGCUAUAUUGAGAAACCCAUCGUUUUAUCCUAUUAGAACACAAUGUCGAAUGAUCCUUGCUUGUUGUUUAUUGCAUAACUUCAUCCGUGUGAACAUGGCAAUGGAUCCAGAAGAAUUUUCUCCAUUUGCAGAAGAUGAGCUACCUUUAGGAGAAGAAACAAUCAAUAUAGUGGAAACUAUUGAACCUAGUAAUCAAUGGACUCAAAGGAGAGAUGUGCAUGCUCAAGAAAUGUUUACAGAAUGGAGGAAUAAACAUAGGCAUUAG